UACUUAAGUGCAACGUUAAAUUAGUGUUAAAAACAAUCAAAACGCGAGGACAUCGAGAAUGCCUGGAUUUUCCGAGUCCUUCGAGUGGUCGCGAUCGAUCGAGGAAGCGGCGCGAUCGAAAUUUUUCUCGGAUCCGCGACUAUCACGCGAGAAAGACUGUCGCUGAAUCAACCGUGCCCUUAUUUGAAAAAUAAAUUCGAUCAAUCAGGAUCGAAUGCAGUUCUUCGUGACGGAAGAGCGGAUUCGACGUGUUGAGUGCAGUCAUCGUGACAUCUGAGCCUCGAUACAAGACUAUAUCGAAAUGCGCUGUGCGUCAGGAUACGUAUUUCUGACGAGUUUGUUGAUGGUGCUAAGGAUUCGCCGAAUGGGCGCGGCUGCGGAGGAGUUGGAGUUUCAGGACAAAGUGCCCGUGAGAUUAGUCUGGGCCACCGAAGGCGAUGAUGUGGAACUGCCAUGCGACAUCACACCACCGAUGCCAGAGGAUUCGGUUAACAUGGUCCUCUGGUUCAAGGACAAUGCUGGAAUACCGCUCUACAGUUUGGACGCGAGAAACGGUAGCUUAAUUAGCGCCAUCCACUGGGCGGUCAGCGACGAUCUUGGAGGACGAACCUACUUCCAGGUUGGCGAUGGUCAUCGAGCGAAAUUAAAAGUCACCAAAGUGACGUUGAAAGACCAGGGAGUCUUCAGGUGUAGAGUGGACUUCGUGGACUCUCCAACGCGAAACUUUCACGUGAACUUGACUCUAGUUGAACAGCCAAGUAACCCUGUGAUAUAUGAUGCCCAAGGACGAGAGGUGACGGGGGUGGGCAGCGCCUUUCUCGAGGGUUACAAUCUUAUUUUGAUAUGUCAAGUGGCUGGAGGUAAACCUAAGCCCUCGGUGACAUGGUGGAAGGACGGUGAGCUCUUGGAUGGCGUAGUUGAUACUUUACCUGCCGGUACGCCGAACAAAUUUACAGAGAAUCACUUGUUCAUCGACACAGUCACUAGGUCACUGUGGGGAACGAAACUCGAAUGCAGGGCUCAAUCCGGACCAAUGGAGAAACCUAUCGUUCGCGAAGUGCCUCUUGACAUAUAUCUCAAACCAGCAAUCGUGAAGAUUGUUUUGAGCGAGGAACAGAUUUUCGCUGGUCGUCCAAUCACUGCCAGAUGCGAGACAUGGGGUAGUUCUCCAGCGGCUAGGAUCAUUUGGAGACUCGGCGAAUUAGAAAUGGGCGAUCCCAACGUAUCCACCACACAAAGGAGUAACUCGACAGUAAGCAAGAUAGCUUUGGUCCUCGGCAAGGAUGACGAUGGCAAGGAACUAAUGUGCCGGGCUGAAAAUCCAAGAUUUCCUGGAGGAGUGCUUGAAGAAAUCAAAAUACUUCGCAUCUCUUAUGCUCCAGUAGUUGUCGCUCGUUUGGCUAAUGGCUACGUCUUGGACACUUUGAGGGAGGGCGACGAUCUCAAGUUGGUCUGCGACGUUCAGAGCAAUCCGCCACCGACACAAGUGACUUGGUACCACGAUAAUCAACGGCUGGAGCACGACGUAAGCGCCGGAAUUCUGCUGGCUUCUAACUCGCUGACCCUCCGCGUGCUCGCACUCGCACACGUCGGCGAGUAUUCCUGUGUAGCCACGAACGCCGUGGGAGAAACUCACAGCCCGCCGCUUUUUAUUCACAUGAAAUACGCCCCGAGGUGCAGAGAAGAUAGCGAGAGAAGAGAGAUCGCCGUUGCUCGACACGAGACGGUAUUGCUCAAAUGCGAGGUGGAAGCAUUGCCUGACGACUAUGUACGAUUUUCAUGGACUUACAACGGCACUGUUGGCGAUGUUCUACCUAUGCCGAACUCGAGAGUCGAAAAUAAAGGGCUCGUGAGCAUGCUAGAAUACACCCCUAACACCGAAACCGAUUACGGUACGUUGGCUUGCUGGGCGAGCAACGGCAUCGGACGGCAAAGGACACCUUGUAUAUUUAACAUCGUACCUGCUAAACCACCGCAACCACCAUUGGACUGUGCGUUGCACAACGAGACUAGCUCGCUGGAGGUUAAUUGCAUCCCGGGAUCGGACGGAGGGUCGCCGCAACACUUUUUGUUGGAAGUACGGGGGUCUCUCAGGAGUUCUGGGAUCGGCCAUAUCGGACCUCAUACCCUUCAAACGCCUCAGAGCGAUCAGGGAAUGGUCGGAGAAUCCCCACCUAUAUAUCAGGACAUGAAUCCGACUCCGAAUUUUCAGCUUCAUGAUCUUGAACCAGGCUACGAUUACACAGUAUAUAUUUACGCCGUCAAUGGACGUGGCAUGAGCGAACCCGCUCUUUUGGAACACAUUAGGGUCGUCGAACCUAUCGGCGGAAAGAUGGAGAGGAGCGGGAUCUUUUUGGCAGAUCUGAAAAAGGCGCUACCACAAGCGAGUUCCGAAAACAUGAUCAUCGCUAUUGCACUGACAGGUAUAGGUGCGAUAGCGUUGAUUCUUAUCGGUAUUGGAGUGAUCAUCGGUGUGGUGAUCUGCAGGAAAAGAUCAAAUACUCCUGUUAUAGAAGGCCCCGACGAUUUUACUACACCGACCUACGUUCCGGCCCAGAGAAUUGAGCCUAGAAUCAGAUAUUCCAACGAGAGCAGACGUUCUCAAAGGGCGAGUCUCUACGUUGAAGAAAAUCGAAAGGAACCAGAUUUAUUACAUCGAGUGGAGCUUGACUUACAAGAAUAAAUCACGUGAUUCCGUACAGUUACUAAUAAUCAAGACAAAAAGUGCAAUAUUAAAUAAAAUUCCAUACGCU